AUGUGGAAUCCAGCUUCCUGGACUUGGCAGCUGGCUUUGGAUUCCCCUAAAAGCCCCCCUCCCUUUGCCCACCCUUUCCAUGCCAGCUCCCCUGCAGGGAGCCCAGGAUUGCUCUGGAAGCAGACAUCCCCAUUUGCAGGGCAGGCAGGAGAGCAGGUGCUCUUAGGAGCCUGAUAAGGAGAAGAUUGAGUAACGUCUAGGAAGAGAAGACCUCUGUGGGCCGACAUGCAGGAGAGCUAUGAAACAGUGAUUUCGCUGGCAGAAGAAAUUGCCAUCAGUUGGCCCCGAAUAACAGCCUUCACAGAGACCCGAGGACGGCGAGGUUUAGCUCCUGGGCUAGAAAUGGAACCUGAACAAGGUCAGUUAGCACCUUUGCCGGGUCAAGCACCAGCAGCAACUGCUGGAUCCAGUGUAGAAGGGAUCCUGCCUGACUUCCGGAGACAACUUGGGGUGAUCUUGCAGACUGUGGGCAAGGCUCAGGUGGAGAAGAUGCUGAGGGAGUUGGUGAAGGAGCAAGAGCAACAGGGAAGAGUGAGGCGACGCAAAAGAGUGACCAGGAGCCUGCGGCAUGGAGGUAAAGCAGGUGAUGGCACAGGUGAGAUGAACAACUUGCUAGAGACUCCACGGGAACCUCAGGCUGAACUAAUGGAAGGACCUGCCAUUCCACCUCGGAAGCCACCGACAAAUGAGCUUCAAGUGCCUCUCUUGUGUCCAGGAUUGGUGGCAGGGCAAAAACAAUCCAUUUCAGGGAAAAUGGUUCAUGGGAAUGCCAGUGGGUGUAAGAACAGUCUUGCUCAUCAGCAGAGUCUUUUGGGAACAAGAUGGGGAGCAAGUCUUCAGCCACGGGAGAGCAUUGGCUGCAGUCCUCUCCACAACACCAGCCUGGACAUCCAGGAGAGUGGGAGAGUCUGGCCACCUUUUGGAGAAAGAACCCAAUUCUUCUCUGGGUGGCAGAAACCACGCUGUACACAGAAACGCCGACGCCAACCAGCAGGAGAGACACCUCACCGCUGCGGGCCAUGCAGAAGAACCAUUGUGGUCCCACCAGCAAGGUCUAGCUCUCCUAUGAACUCUGUUUUGACUUCUCCCCUGGACUCUGCCUCAGCUUCUUCUCUUGCCCUGCCUCUGAACUCCAUAGGACCACUGGGUACUCAAGCCCUUCCAGGGAACCCAGUGUCAGCCCAACCCCGAAAACCACAUGCUUGUGAGGAGUGUGGCAAGCGAUUCCGAAUCCUCACCAACUUGGAACGGCAUCAGCAGCGCCAUGUGGCAGAAAAACCUCACCAGUGCCAUGACUGUGGGCGGCGGUUCCGUUGGGGGUGCCAUUUGGAGCGCCACCGGCGGUCACGUCGCUGUGUGGAGUGUGGUGGGGGCCUUGCCACGCCUCCUCCCCCUCCAUCCCCACCCCCAGAACCUGACCGGCCCUACUCCUGUGGGGAAUGUGGGAGGCGGUUCACCCAGCGCUCAGCCCUCAGCAAGCACCGGCGGCUGCACUCAGGGGAGCGCCCAUAUGGCUGUGGAGAGUGUGGGAAGCGUUUUCUGCAGCGCUCUGAUCUCACUAUUCAUGUGCGCUCCCAUUCUGGGGAGCAGCCUUAUGUCUGCACGGAGUGUGGCCGCCGCUUCAGCGUCAGCUCAAACCUCAGCAAGCACCGGCGCAUGCAUCGAGGGGAGCGCCCACAUGCCUGUUCUGUCUGUGCCAAGCGCUUCCUUCAGCGUUCGGAGCUCCUCAUCCAUCAGAGGGCUCACACAGGGGAGCGGCCCUACCCCUGCACUGCCUGUGGAAAGCGUUUUGCUCGGCGGGCUCAUCUCAAACGCCACCAGCGCACCCAUGGCAGUGUACCUCCUGCUACUGCUUCCUCUCGCCACCAGAGUACCCAUUUGCUAGCUCCCUCUGUCACAGAUGCCAUGCCCCUUCUUGAACGUCAACAGCAUGAAUCCAGGGUAGUGGCUGAUGCCUUGGAAUCACGUCCCCACACUAACACGCUCACCUCAGGGCCAUGCCAGCCAACAGUUGGGCCCACUGUCUUCUCAGCAACCCGAGGGCCUGGGGGUACUGCAUCAUUGGCUCUGCCCUGGACUGUGUCGUCUCCUACCCGUCUCCCCUUCUGCUCCAGCUCUCUCUGAUCAUGUGGUAGAUUUGCUGCAUCCCUGCCCUUUCUCGGUCCCUCAUCAUCAUCCCAACUGAAUCUGUUUCAGGGAUGGGGUCUAAUUCUGGUUAAAUACAGUGGGAAGAUAGGCCAGAUUUUGAUAGAGCAUGGGACUGACUUGCAUUUUGGGAUACAGCCUUUACUGGCUUAGGAAGCUUGGUGGUUUUGCUUUGUUUGCCCCUCAUGGACUCCUGCUAGGGUCUGCAUAGGGCUACUAGUGUAGGGAUGAGGUGAGACACAGACAAGCAGCCAAAGCACCUGAGUGGAACAUCAUCAAUAUGACCAGACUAGUUUUGACGUCUUGAAUACCAGUCAGUGUGACUGAGUUGGACAUAUUAUUUAAAGUCUGACAAAGAGUGUAAGUUGCCUGCUAUUGUGGAGUGGAUAGGAGAGGGAAAGUACCACAUCUCAACCACCGAUGCAAGUAUUGUACAGCUUGUAAAUCACAGUUGUGAACACAGGGGAUGUGUUUUUGAAACAUGCACACAAAUUGACUUGUUCUCGUGUUCACCACAUGGUCACUUUUCUCCCUUUCCUUCUACACUUUCAACAGCUUUUGAAAGCUUCCAACACUUUCACCCUUGGCCUUAUUGGCUGAAAAUAUCCCCUUGACUAGACUGCCUUUGUUACCUUUUACAAGAAGAGAAGCUCACAGUAGGCUUCUCCAAAGCACUUAGCCCCCACUUCUGGAGACAAAAUGGCACACUUGCUCUUGCUGUCAAUCCUGUGUCCUAUCACAUGAAAACACUGGUUGUUGAACAUAUGGGUGGGUUUUAUGUGACUUUCUGGAUCCAGUGCAGUUAACGAUCCUCUUCUAAACACAUUUAUCACCAGGCCCAAGUAUUAGAAGACCCAGAUCUGUGUGCAAGAGAUAAACUGAAGAAAGGAAGGAUUGUGUUGCUUGAUCAUUGUGAGCUGUUUGGAAACAAACAAUGGUGCAGUGAGCUAUGUCAGGGUUCAGUUUAUUGCUUGCUGAAUUUGAAACAAGAUGGCCAGUGUCUUUGAAGGAGUUAUAGGGCAUCUUUUACCAUCAGCUCCUGAGAAAGCACAUACAGGAGGAGAAGCAGGAGGUGCCUGUCUUGUCAGAAAUUGAGGAUUGGAACACUUUGAGGAUGGGAAGGUGCCUUGUUUCUACAUCUCUUGGUAGCCAACACUGCUGAAUAAGGAUCUGAAGUGUCAUUCUCAAGGGCUGUGGGUGUUUACCAGCCAGUGUUACUGUUUCAGUUAAUUGUACAUUCCUGGUACCUUUUGGACUGGUGUUCUGUUAAUAGAGGGUGGGAUCUGGAGGAUGGACCAUCAAAGCCCAGGUUCUAGAGUAGGGAGGGUGGGUUCAUAUCUGAUUUAGGAUUAAUACAGUAGACCUUUGUUUUAUCAAACCUUAGUGUGGAGUUUCUUUAACCGACAUAGAAAAACAACAAUGAUGAAUCCAAAUUUGUACAUUUAAAUGAAUCAAAAUAGAAUAUUUUGUCAUUCCUUGCUCAUGAAGAAGAUAUUAUUUUGUAUCUCUAAGUAUGAAUUUUAUGGUACUUGUUUUGUGUUUAGCUUUUGAGAACCCACAGUUUGCUCAAUCCAAGUGUAUUCAUCUCCAGCUGGCUGUGUUUGAAGAUACAAGAGGCUUAUCACAUUUUGAUUUUUGUUAUAAUGGAGGGAUGGCCACAACAUCAAUUUACAAUUGCACCCAGCCUUUCUGGUGUAGAUCUUCAGCUUUUUUUUCUAGUCUACAGGUGUUUUUAAAAUUGGCACAGAGAAAUGUAAUAUUGGACUGAUGCUGAGAGUAGCUGCAAGAUGUGCAUUCAGACAGUGAUAAAAGGCAAACACAGAAAUUUUAACUGGCACCCUCUGAAAUCCAUUACCUCGGGGAUUGUUAGGUUAAUCUGAUUUGCCAAAAACCACCCUGAUAGGCUUAAUCCCCUGCCUGGCAUGUAAGAGUGAAGGAAUUGCUCCUGCAGACCACAGUGACUUGUAUUAGCUUUGGAACAGGGCCUGCCAAACAUAGCAAGAAUAUGGGUUCUGAUCAGCCAGCUUUGCAGCGUGCUUGAAAAGGGGAAGACACUUGGAAGUCAGUCACAAAGCCCCCCCAAAGUUAGUUGAUGUUUUAGUUACUAAAUAAAAUUCACUUUGCAGUGUUUCUGACCCAUGAUACAAAGCACAUCUGGGGGAGUCACCCCCUUGUAAGUGUGAAAGUAAUGAAAAGUUAUACUGCAAAAUGAAUCAAGGUA